CUCUAAGCUGAUCUUCAAGAACCCAGAUAAGGAAGACUUUGGGACGUAUUCUGUUUCUGUCACAAACACAGAGGGAGUGUCAUCCAGCUACACAAUCUCUAAUGAAGAGUUGGUAAAGAUGCUGGCGCUCAGUUAUGAUAUCAGACACCCAGCCCAACAAGAUGGGUCAUGACGUCGCUACAGGGAUCAUUGAGUUCAUCAUGGAUCAUUUCACUGAGGAGAAUGAGGGGACAUAUACCUGCCAGAUCACAGAUGGAGGAGGAAAGGCACAGAGCUCACUGGUUCUGAUUGGAAAUGCUUUCAAAGCAGCCCUGGCUGAGGCUGAUUUCCAGAGGAGAGAGUACAUCAGAGUCAAAGAGGGCCCCCACUUUAGUGAGUUUCUAUCACUUCAGAUUGGGGAUGACUGCUCUGUCACUUUGGUCUGCAAGGUUGCUAACUUGAAGAAGGAAUCAGUGUUUCACUGGUUUAGAGAAGACACGGAGAUCAUCCCGGAUGUAAAACCUGACCUGGGAUCAGGAGUCUGUAAACUGCCAAUUAAAGAGUUUUCAAUGAAGACAGCAGGAAUUUACAAAGCCACCAUCAGCGAUGACAGAGGAAAAGAUAUGAGCCAAAUAAACAUUUCUGGAAAAGUCUUUGACGAUGCCAUAAACAAGCUCAGCCAACUGGCUGGAGCCAGUGCAGCAGAGCUUGUGAUAAACUGCACAGCAACAGGCAUUCAGCUGCAGUGUCACAUGAAGUAUUACACCUUAGAGAUGAACAUCACCUGGUAUAAUGGACUAAACUCUCCCACAGUGACAAGAUUGGUAGUUGAACCAGUGGAGAAGGACAAGGGCAAGUACUCCAUUGUGAUCACUGACCCUGAAAACUCACAUAAACGCACACUGGACCUCAGCGGUGAUGUAUAUGAGAAAGCCUUUGCAGAGUUCCAGAAACUAAAGUGUCAGACUGGCUCGCCUAAUGACGAAUCACUGCUUCCUUCACAUUUGCUUCAUAACUGGCUGAGGCAUACGCUGAGAAGAGUGGUGGGAGGACUGCCUGAUGUGGUCACCAUUAUGGAAAAGAAGACUUUGAGUUUAACAUGUACAGUGUGUGGAGACCCCAAACCUCAGGUGUCAUGGCUGAAGAACGGAUCAGAAGUCGAGCCUGAUGAUCAGUAUGUGGUCUCCCUGGACCAGGGCAAGUUUGCCAGUCUGACGAUCAAAGGCGUUUCCAUGGAGGAUUCUGGCAGAUAUACCAUGAUUGUCCAGAAUAAAUAUGGAGGAGAGUCUGUGGAUAUAGUGGUCAGUGUGUAUCGCCAUGGGGAGAAAAUCCCUGAGGCAAAACCAACUCUGACCCCUAAAACAAUCAUCCCACCUAAAUUACCAAUCGAGAUCCCUCAGCCUAAGACCCAGCCUGCUCCGAGCGCUGCCCCUUCAACUCCUAGCCCUGCCGCUCCUAAGGCAGCACUGGGAAGAGGGGUGAAGAGUCCUACUCCAAGUCGGAGGAAGUGAAAAGCAAGGCAGAAGAAACACAAUCACUGGUGCACAAUUAGACCACACAUAGCUGAGAAGCCUUUAUUGGUGUUCUCUAUCUGGAUUGAAAUGGAGCUAAUACUCUUUCCAUUAAAUUAGAGCGUCAAGAAAACCCUGACAUAUGAAAUAAAUCUUGCAAUUGUGAUGGAAAGCAAAAAAUAAUUUCAAUGUGAAAUCAUUGUAUAAAAUCAGCAAAAUUAUACUAGAAUAAUAAAAAGCUAGGCACUAUCUAAACAUGAGGAAAUUAGAAAUUAAUUGAAAUGAACUUGAAUAAAGCUACAAAUUGAAUAAAACUUGAAGAAAGAGUGAAAUGUGUUUUAAAUUCAUUCUUGAAGUGCACAAAUGACACCGCAUGCAGUAUAAUCAAAUAUUAAAUGGCUUGCAAAUUACAGGAACAUUGCCCAAAGUUAACUGACUUGAAGCUUCGAUGCACCUUGGCAUUGUGGAACAAUAUUUCGUAUUUAUCAUAGUUAGGGGGAGUUUAACAUGUUAGUCAAAACAAAAUUGGGUUAAAGUCUAGUAAGUACAAAUCCCAAAGGAGACCAGUA